AUGGAACAUGAAUCUUCGACAUUAGUAUUCUACUACUAUCCUGCUGCAGACCACUUGGGGAGGAAGACAGCGCAAUGGCAUACCAAUUGCCAGCUGAAUGGAGACGAUUCCAUCAGUGACCAUGAUGAAGUCACAAGAUUCCGUACAAUUCUCAAUGGGGGUGAUCUGAAGGAAACGUGGCCUUAUUAUAGUCCAAAAGAGUAUGAAGUAGCUCCAGAUGAAGUACACUGUACUGAUCGUGCUAAGGACGCUAGAGACGCUGUAAGCUACCAAACUUUUAGAUUGAGCUCGGUCGUUGCGCAGUUGAAACGUGACAUGAAGGAAGUCGAGGAAAACAUACUUUCUGGCCAGGAAAAUGAUCCGAUGGAAGAUAAUGACAAUAAGCUCAAGUUUAAAAGAUCAGAAAUAUCAGAACGAUUGAUCGUGGUAUCUCGAUAUUUAGGUGGGCUUCUAGAAGUGGCUCAUCUGCCAACGGUAUCCUUUCAGAGAGAAUCGUUUAAAUAUCAGGCGGAAGUGAAGGGAUGGAUUGACAAACUUGAGGAACUUCAACAUGCGACUGAAUCCUGUGACAACUCCAUUCAAGGGAAGCCCACAAUGAGCGAGAAGCAGAAGAGCUUGGAAUUACGGACCAGGUGUCUCAUAUCAAGAGGCAAAGAUCAAUAUGAGUCAAGCAGGUAUGGCGACUUCGUCGCGUAUAUUGAAUGGGCCACUGUGAAUCAAGAGCUUGUUGAUGUAGCAGAAACGAUCAGAGACAUGAGCGCAGAGUGGUUUGUCAGUCAAGCAAAUGAGCCAGAGUUUGUCCUACAAGUGGGUAAGGCAGAUGGACUACCAACUGAAACAGAGAAGGAGGAGGCAUAUACCAAGUAUAGGAGUGCCAGGGAAGAGAUAAUACAGGCUACACAAGAGAAUCCGGAACUGUUUCCUGAUGGGGAUAACUACUUUGAAUUCAGCCAGGAUUAUCAAGAAGUGAAGACGGCUUGGGAAACACUGCGGAGAACGAAGAAGAGGCGAGAUCAAAGGAAACGUCACAAACAAAAAUGCUUGAGUGGAUUUACACACACGGCUGCCCAGACCAGCUCGCCAUUGACUUCACCGGGGAAUCUUGUUGGUGACACAGCACAUGAUGUUCCAUCAGUCCUUCCACAAACUGAAAGCAGCCACAAUGUCACAGAGGCAAAAACCAAUGAAGGGGAAUACUCGCUCACCACCCGUCCUGACAAAAUGGUUCAAAACCUUCCAAAUACAUCAGUGACCACAGACAGACUGUCAGAGCCUGUCCAACUGAACCAGACGACUCGGCUGCCAAGUCUUCAAGUGUACGGUCCACAGAGAAACAGGACACCCCAGUGGUUGGUGGAAGUCAUAGUCCAGAUCCCGUACCAAUCACAAGAUGAUGAAGACAUCGGACUUCUCCACCAAUCGCCACAUUUGCCCCCUAUAGCUCAAGGAGGGCAGACUGUGCUUGAUACCCACAAACUUGUAGUGGACACCCUACAAGUAGGAGGCUCUGAUCUUGAACAACUGCCUGCCAAUCACAACUCUGAGCCAUCCGAGUCAUCACCAAAAAGACAAGACACCUCUAGUAGCUUCAGCCAAUCAACAAGCGUAUCUCCUACAGAUUUGACUAUGGCAUCUCCCCAAACACCAGCCACCUCUGCCCAUUCCUCUGACCUAUCUGAUGAUGUUUAUGCUGAUCCAGAAAACAUUGGAGUUGGUGGAAGGAAUUCAGGUUCUCAUUCUGAUUCUACUUUUUCGACAAUUGAGUCCCUCCCCAAGUGGGACAGAGGGAGUGAGGAACGAAUUGGUAAUCAGUCAAAACAGAGAGAACUCUCAACCCUUAUCAAGCACAUACACUCUUUGUUCCGUGGAGAUAUCUCCAACUCUCCUUCAAAAACCUCACCAAUGCCUUCUGCAGCUUUGUCAAACCCUUCCAAGAGAUACAUCCCAGGUUCUCAUUCCAAAGCAAAAGUGACAUCAAACCAUUCCACACAAGACAUCUGCAUUCCUCGAUCUAAAGCUUUAAUCGUACGUCAGUGUCUUAGCUAUGCGAAAUUGAGAAUAGUGUAUAUAGCAAGGGAGAGUAACCGGCAAGGGGACAGAUCAGUAGUACCAAAUAUAGCCGUACGUACUCUUAGCUAUGAUAACAGUGAGGCAUGA